ACACACAUACACAUACACACUCUCUCUCUCUCUCUCUCACACACACACACAUACACACUCUCUCUCUCUCUCUCUCUCUCUCUCUCUCUCUCUCUCUCUCUCUCUCUCUCUCUCUCUGUCUCUCAGUCGCUGCGAAUCCUAAACUCGCGUGUUUAGUUCGUGACCGGAUUCUGAGGCGCGCGCUCGUCCUCUCCGUCUCUCCUCGCGCUGCGGGACCCGGAUGCUCGCGCUGGAGGAGCUCGGUCAGACUGAGCGCGAGCAGCAUGCGGGGGUGAGCGCGAGGAGCCGCGCGGAGCUCCUUCAGCUUUCUUUCAGGGGUCCCAGGAUUCAUAGCUUUACCUCCACCCAACGCUGUGAAUCAGGAUCUCAGCACAUGUCUGUGAGAGCUUCUCUGAGACUGAGACAUCCUUGAAGCCCCCAGGGUUGAGGGGGCUGCCGCAAGUCGCCGGCCAUGCAGGCCCGGACGCCUCCGAGGAGUGACACGCUAGCGUCCAGCAUGUUCUCGUGCAACGCCACGGCCAUCAAGGACUGGAGUUUCUUCCUGUCGCAGAUCCUGCCGCUGGUGAACAAGUCGACGGGCCUGGUCCACAGAGGAAUGGAGAAAGCAGAGGCAGUGACCAGCAGCGUCAUGGCCACGGCCCUGGAGCCUGACCUGGGAGGGAUGGGGGCUAGCCGACCUCCGUUAAACUCCAACCACACAUCCGGCAUGGAGCACGUAUUCCGGUACUCGUACUCGGAGGAUGACCUGCUGUACACGGAUUACAGGACGCCGCCAAGGGACUCCAUUCCUCUCCCCAAGGCCGUGCUCUACUUGCUGAUGGUGGCGCUGGUGGUCGUGGUGGUGGCGUACGCCAUCGUGGGUCAUCUGGUGAAGGACCUGGUGCACGAGUUUGUGGAAUGGGUGUUUGGGCCUCGUUCAGCGAAUCGCAGGAGUAAAAGCGACGUCAGCUGCAUCACCGGCAGCGGCAACGAGAUGAGAGAACUCCCACGCACCAUGGAAACAAACUACAUUACCCACAACCACUCUAACUGCCUGGGCACCUUGAAGCCUGAUGAGCUGGUGGUCACCAUUGACGAAAUUUCACAACUUCCGUUAGGUGGGACCUAACGUCAGGCAGGAACCUGUGCCGUUUUGAUCCAGUCCCUCGCAACAGAGAAGCGGUGAAUUUGCUUGCAAGCAAAAGAAGUCUGAUCUGUCGGGAACCAACACUAAAGUCACUGUUCAUCGCUAACUGCAGGCGGGAGGCAUUUGGCUGGAGACUUGGUGGAGAAAGACACUGCAAAGAUAGAUCUGCUGAUGUGGGAAUUGCAGAGGAACACUGAGGAACACUGAGGAACGCUGAGGAACCAUGAAGCCUGUGGUUGAACAUUAACCAUCAGGUUAAUCCUCUCUGGAUCAGGCUACUGAGGUAGCCAAACAAUGCUAAAGUGGAUUUUCAGCCUCAAUGGAUCUUGUGGGUUGGAGCACAUUUCUGUUUCUCAUUCUUCUCGCUGGUUCUCCGGUUCUUUUUUCUAUCGCUUUAGUUAAGCCGGGGGUUGAACAACACUGUGGUUGUGUUCUGCUGUGAUCCUUUUGCUGUCAUCCAUUUAUCCUCUAUGUUCUCAGAGCCGCUGUAAAACCCAACAGUGACAACACUCAUAUCAUUUCAGGAGAUCAUUCAUCUCGGUUCAGAAGUACUGAUCUGAAAUUUAGUAGUGUAAAUACUUAGCUUGGUCAGAUCCUUAUCUGAGGCACAUCCAUAUGCGAAUAAACAGAAAUUGCAUAUUAAACCAGGAGCUGUUUAUACAUCAGAUGUAAAUAAGUAAAUUUUUUGUAAAUGACUGAAAAUGACUGACCCAGAAAUGCAUUUAGUUUAUAAAACAGGAGUGUCCAAACUUUUUUUGUUGGGGGCCAGAAGGAGAAAUAUAUUUGAAGUCACGGGCCACAGACUCUGUAAUAAAACAAAUAAUGAAAUAUACCACUUUAAAUAA